AGGACCUUCCCAUUGUGGUCGAAACUGCAGUUGUUCUUCACUAGUGCUCUCUUCAGUACAUGGGCAGGGAAGUAAAGCUGAUUUCUCCAAAUUCACUUCCACUUUAGUCUCUCUAUCCACUAGAUACUUCUUCUUUCUCAAACUGGCCUUCACUGUCCAGCCAGCUCUCUGGGGCCAUCUGGAGUGGAACUGAGGCCUUCAGAUCCAUCAUUGUGGAUAUGUAGAUCAUUUCUCAUGUACUCAAUUCAACCCGAUAUGCUGACACACUUUAGCAAUACCAUUUUUCAAAACACCAUUCAUUCUCUCACAAAUAUCCUGACUUUGUGGGCGAUAAAUUGAUCCAAGACGUUGUUUAAUGCCUAAUUUUUGCAAAAGUAGUCAAACUGUUUUAACCACAAAUUCAAAUUCUUUCCCAUUGUCUGAUGAUGUUGUUCUUUAGAGAGAUAACACAUUUGGCAAUAAAAUACUCAACUUGUUCAAAGAAAAAGGAUGCCCAGCUCCGGUGUCAACCAUCAGGUUCAAUGGCAAAUCAUUCACCUCCACUAUAAUCAUGGGAUCUGUUUCCUCGGAAUCCUCCUCGGAAUCCUGAGCCUGGACGGUUACAUUCACGAACAAAAUGGCCCAAUAGUCCACACCUGUAGCAAGUCUGUGAAGAAUUGAGUUGAUUCUGAUUAAAGUUACUUCCUCUUCCUCUAUUGCCAUUUCUCCGUCCUCUUCCUCUCCAGUUUUGAAAUUGGUUGAAAUUUGUUGGGAUGAAUGACGGGACCGGAGCGAAUAGUUGUUGUAACGAUUAAUUUAUUUGCGGCUGACUUGGCAUGAUCACAGCUUGCAUUUUAUCCUUUCGCUUUCUGUCGACCAGUUGAAUCUGAUUCUGUUUUCUAAGAAUCUCUUGGUGUGGAUCUUUCACAACUAUGGGACACAUCUUGUCAGCUGACUUCACCUUUCUUGAAUGUAAUUUCAUAUUCAUGGUGGGUGGUAAUUCAUCUUCAGCUGCAUCUACAGCUUCUUCACUCUCUGAUUCCUCCCUAGGGCAUCUGAAUACAGAAGCCAAGGAAUAUUUUCAUUCUUCUCCGAGGUCUUCUUCUGGUUCUAGGCUAUCGAUUUCACUUUCAUCGACGUCUUGUUCUCGGCGAUUUGUUGUCUUUCGUAGUCUACUUCUUUUCCUUUCUUCACUUGCGAGUACUUUCUUUUCUUCACUUGCGAGUACUUUCUUUUCUUCACUUGCGAGUACUUUCUUAAUCUGAGGGUCAUAGCCACCUCUGGCCUCCCCCAUUCUGUGUUGUUCUUCUUCUCUCAUUUCCAUUCUCUUACACUUCCGACACAGUCCUUUCAAAGCCACUGACUAUUGGUUUUCAAAAAUGGGUAUAAUUCCAUUGUAGUCACAGCUUGACCCGUUUCAGGUGUUUGCUGGUCAUCAUCUUUGAUAAGAGCCUUCUGCUUUCACCAAUGGAAGUUGUACAUGUGGUUUGCUGGUUUCAACUGCCUUUUCGUAGAUUGGCGAAUGUCUUACAUGAGAAUAUGGUCAUGUCGUCAUCCAUCUGGUUCUCAGCCCACCUCCGGAUCCUUGUGCUUGUCCUUAUUAUCGUGACUGUCGCACUUUUGUUUUUGGGAUAUAACUCGGAAAACCCCUCUACGAUUGGCUUUUCACCACUUCCCCAAAACUCUGUUAUAAACUGUUCAAAUGUGAGGGAAGAAAGAAAGAGCCAAGAUCCGAUCCUCCUCAUCUGGGUGUGGCCUUUUGGUCAUAAGUUUGACCUGAACUGCGACCCGUUUGACAUCACCGGGUGCAAACUGACAGACGACAGAUCUCUGUACCCCACAGCACAUGCUGUCAUAUUCCACCACGAUGAUAUCGACGUUUAUCUACAGCCCAAAGAGCCACGCCCGUCUUUUCAGUUGUGGGUGUGGUUUAACAUGGAGUCACCUUCAAACUCCAACCGAAUCUCAGGUUUCCGUAACCUUUUCAACCUGACCUGUAGCUACCGCCGUGACUCAGAUAUCUUUACUCCAUAUGGGAGCCUGGUGCCAGUGUCAAACGACAAGAAACCUUGCUUCCGACUCCCGACAAAAGACAAACUGGUUUGUUGGAUCGUAUGCAACUGGAACUCACACUUCAAACGAGUCCAAUACUUCAACGAGCUAAAAAAACAUGUGGAAAUCAAGACGUACAGUCGCGCGUUUGGAGAAUACAUCAGCAACGAAAUGUACGUCGAGAUCAUUACGAGCUGCAAGUUCUACCUGUCGUUUGAAAACUCCAUCCACAAAGACUACAUCACAGAGAAGUUCUACAUGCCAUUGAAGCUGGGGGCGGUGCCGGUGGUUUUGGGACCUCCGAGAGAGAACUACGAAGCCCACGCACCCGCAGAAUCCUUCAUCCACGUGGACGACUUUGCCUCGCCCAAGGAGCUAGCAGAGCGGCUCCAGCACUUGCACCUCCACCCGGACCAGUACAUGGACUACUUUGAGUGGAGGAACAGUUUUAAGGCGGUGUCAGGGAUUUUUGGACUGGAGCAGGUAUGUAGGACGUGUCACUACCUCAAAACACAGAGAAGGUACCAAAGUGUGCGUGACCUGAACAAGUGGUACUGGGACAACUGAACUGUGCUUUGAGCUAUCAGGAAAUAAAAACAUGUUUUGUUCAUUUUAGGUUAAAUAUGAGGCCAAAGUUCAUGUGAACUCCAAAUUUAAAUUUUUAAGUGGAAGAUCCAUCGACUCUGGCUCCAAUUCACUUUACACUGGAAAACUGUCACCUCUCUCUCCCUGAGGUCGCUCCCACUAGCAUUAGGAGCACGUUUGAUUGACAGCGUUGCCGAGUGUCCGCUCCGUGCUAAACCAGCACGUUACCUUCAAGACCUUUACUCCUGAUUGGCUCUUUGGUUGCUAUGAUACUUGCAGUCGGAAUUCCACAAAUGGAACUUUGCCCCAAAUUGGCCUCUAUAACUGCGAGCCUCGAUGAGCUUCACUGGAGCUGAAGGCUGUGGGUGACACUCCCUCAGUUCACUUCUUUAUACAGUCGAUAGAUUAGACCUGAGCUUUCAUGAAUAUGCAGGUCUCUGUUGAGCUCUAUACACUGAACAUCUUUUAGUGACCCAGUAACAAACAGAGAGUCACCCAGAACAAGUCACCCAGAACAAGUCACCCAGAAGGACAAGCGUGUGUUUAGUGUUUACAAGGACAAAACAGAGAGGUGGAAUUUACCGUGGAAGAAAACAAAAGUACACUUCACCUCCCCUGCCCACAGACCAGCCCUGGGUCCCCUUUGAUACAUCUACUCCCUUUAGGGACUCCUCACUCUCCUUUUCCUCCCCACCUUCACCUAUGGCCCUUCCCGACCAUCUAGAAAGCCUCAUCAGAUCAGGAAUUAAGAUGGCCCCCUCACACCUAAUAUAGUGCAAUCAAGAGUUCUGGCAUCAACUAUGCUGAACUCUUCCCCGUACCCACCUAUGUGCCCUCGUCAAACUCCCCCCGCUCCACCUCCUUGGCCCUCACCUGGUCCCUCACCCAAACUCCCCCCAGCUUGCCCUUCCCUGCCUUCCCCCAGAGCUGUUAUCACCAAGAGCCAGGACACACAGGGCCUCUGCUGUCCCAGGACAUACAGUCAUGAUAAAGAUAAUAUCAUGCUGAGGCCUUGUGAUGGAGCUAUAUCUACAGUUACACCAUGUAGACUGAUUAACAGAAGGACAGUUAGACUGUCCAAUCAGAGACAUUUAGUCCACAUUCCCUGUAAGAAGAUCACAUCCAGUCCUACUGAAACUAAUCUGAAACUUGCUGUGCUCAAUGUCAGAUCUUUAUGUAACAAGUCAUUUUUAAUUAAUGAUUUUAUUUCCUCUUUUAAUCUUGAUUUUAUGUUUUUAACUGAAACAUGGCUCGACAAAACACAGGUAAUGAAAUUCCAGCGGAAUCAACUCCACCCAACUUCAAAUCUGAAUCUAAAACACGAGUAAACAAAAAGGGUGGAAGUGUGUGUGUGUGUUUUUUUUUUUAGAUAAUUUAAUUACUCACAGGUUGUCAUUUGGGGUGUUUUCAUCUUUUGAGUAUAUUUCUUUUAAAGUGGAGCUAAAACAAUCCCCCUCCAUACUCUACUUAGUCAUAUACAAACCUCCCCAGCACUGUCUGAGUUUUAUUGAUGAUUUUACUGUGAUGCUUUCAGAUGUAUGCACUGAUUUUGAUGGUUUAGUCAUUACAGGUGAUUUUAAUGUACAUGUGGAUAAUGUGUUUGACAGAAACACUAAAGAGUUCAGUUCUGUCCUUGAAACGUUUGGUCUGACUCAGCAUGUCAGCGAGCCCACCCACAACAGAGGACACACUCUGGACCUGGUCAUUACAAAAGGAGUAAAUAUUUCAAAUGUAAAUGUGGUGGGUGUUACUCUGUCUCAUCAUUUCUGUGUCUUCUUUGACCUGUUAUUCCCAAACCAGCGGCUGGUCCUGCAGUUGUUCGGAGAAACAUAAAUGGUAACACAGGUGAACUGUUCAUGGAAAUGAUACACUUUGAAAAUGCCUCAUGUUCUAAUGUUGAUGAUUUGUUGAACUCUGUAACUUCGAGUGUUUUGAAUGUUCUGAACACCAUUGCCCCGAUGAAGGUUAAAAUGGUUAAAGAUAAGCAGAAAGCGCCAUAGAGGAAUGAUGACUCGGUCAGGGCACAGAAAAGGGAGGGCCGGAGGGCCGAGCGGGAAUGGCACAAGUCAAAGCUCCAGGCUCAUUAUGAGAUUUACAGAGAAAAGAUGCAAAUGUACAAUCACAGUUUAUGUAAAACAAGGGAGAGGUAUUUUUCUGACAUUAUUGGAAGUUGUAGUAACAACUCUCGUGUCCUGUUUGCAACACUAAACAGAUUAACAAACCCUCAGCUCCACUGCCGUUAAAACUGAUUUACACAUCUAAGUGCAAUGAGUUUGCAGUAUUCUUUAAUGACAAGGUUCAGGGCAUUAAAAAUGCAAUCAAUUCCAUGACGCAAAUAACACCUCAGCAGCCACCUAGACACUUAGAGCUGACUCACUUUGCACCUGUAACUGACAAAACUAGAGAUUGUCACCAGUCUGAGUUCAUCUACAUGCUGCCUCGGUGUGUUACCCACUAAAUUUCUAAAGUCUGUGCUCAACAGUUUGCUUUCACCACUCACUCACAUAGUUAAUAUGUCACUUCAAUCUGGAACAUUCCCAAGCACUUUGAAAACUGCAGUUAUCAAGCCUCUCCUAAAGAAGAGCAGUCUUGAUGCCACAAUGUUGAACAAUUAUCGACCAAUCUCAAACCUGCUGUUUUUAGGCAAAGUCCUCGAAAAAGUUGUUUACCAACAGCUUAUUAACUUCCUCCAAAUUAACAACUCCUUUGAUGUCAAUCAGGUUUUAGACCCCACCACAGCACUGAGACUGCUCUUAUCAUGGUGACAAAUGACAUCCGCCUGAACACUGAUGCAGGCAAAGUCUCAGUCUUGAUCCUGUUAGAUCUGAGUUCUGCCUUUGACACUGUGGAUCAUGGGAUCCUCUUACAGAGACUAGGGGACUGGGUGAGCAUCUCUGGUACUGCCCUAAACUGGCUCAAGUCCUAUUUAGAAAACAGGGAGUACUUUGUUGAAAUUGGAAAAUGUAUCUCAGACAAAAUGUCCCUGACCUGUGGGGUGCCCCAGGGGUCAGUCCUGGGACCCCUGUUGUUCAAUCUCUAC